CAGACAAUGUCAAAUGUUAUAGUAAAAAUGCUAUUUUCAAAAAAAUAGUUAUUUAUAUGCACAUUCGAUGUUGUUAUAAUUCGUCGUUAAUAUAAAUACGCAAAAAAUGUUUACAUUAGGUGGUCAACGUAUCUUACAUAAGUGUCUCAAGAUUUUGAGGUUAACUAAAGUAUAUUUUAGCAGUUUACCCGAUAUAAAGACUUUAAAUCUUGUAAGAACUGUCGAAAAAACAAUAGAAAAUAACACGAGUAUUUUUAUCGAAAGUCCUAUUCAUGUGAAGGUGCAACCUAUCGACGUGAAUGAUAUAAAGGCACAUAAUAAACUAACUAUGACUUUGUACAGUCAGGGAAAAGAUACGAAUGAUUUUCAAGUAAAACAGACGUCGAAGCGACUUGAGCUACUGAAUAAGAAUACUUCACCAGACCGCAAUGAUGUAUGCUUAAUACAAGUUCCCUAUAAAUUAAAGGUACAAGUAACAGCUACAGAAAAUGCGUCGGUACAUUUAGCGAAACUGGAAGCUGAAGAAUUCGUGGUCAAAACUCAAAAAGGUUCUGUCAACGUUGCCGAUUUAAAAGCCGACAAUAUCAAAGUAGAAAGUGCAUCUGGAGAUGUACUAACAGAUGGUCGGUUACAGGCAAGCAACAUUGAGUUGAAAACAGGAAUUAACGGAGCUAUCAAGUGUCACAGUAUCAUGGCAAAUAACUUCAAUGUAUCAUCACAUGCGGGUCAUAUAUCUGUAAAGUCCUGUUAUAGUGACAAAUCACAUUUCACAACUUUAAUGGGUAAUAUUAAACUUGAUAACUUACACAGAUCUGUGAAAAUAGAUGUUAUACAGAAAGGCAACCUAUACAUCACAGGAUUUUCGGGUAAUCUAGAAGCUUCCUUGAAAAGUGGAGAAGUAUUCAUGCAUGCAGCACAGUUAACAGAAAAAAGUAGUAUAUUUAUACAUGAGAAAGGCAAAGUUGAGUUAUUGGUCCAUGAUAUACUAAAAAACUUACCAGCAACUAAUCUUAUAGCAGAAAAAAUUAAAGUUGAUGAUAAAAUAUUGAAACUCGGAAGGUUUAUGGAUGAUUCUCAUCCAAAGAGGUUCAGAUUUGAAAAGGAACCUCAAAAUGAAUUGCAUAUAGUCUGUAAAAAUGGAUCAAUUGAAUUGAAAGACACAAACUUACCAUUUUUUUUGUAAAUCUAAUACUCUAGGGAGAUCCUAGUCAUUGUGUAUGAAGUAAAAUGAAUGUUAUUUAUUUUAAAAUGGCAUUAUAAUUGUAUUUCACUGAAUGUAGAUAAAACUUUUGACAAUUUUAUUAAGUAUGAUAGAUAUAACAUUGUUUUUUUCCAAGCAUUAAUUAUUAUUUAAUAAUAUGAUAUUUAAAAGCAUUUAAAUAAAAUAUAGCGUUCAAUGAUGUCUUUAUUUUACAAUGUAUUUGCCAUAGUAAAAUGUUAUUCUGUUUCUUGUUAUUUAUUUUAAUUUUCCAAUGAAUAGAGAUUAUGAGCCAUCUAAUGGCGACAUUGUAAGGCUUUACUAGCCAAUAAUAGUUAUAAAUAAAAAAAUUAGGACAUCUAUAUAUAGUAAGCUAGAUAGAUGAAGCAAGUUUUCUGCUUGAGAAUCAAUACUAUAAUAUAAUAUUAUAUAUAAUAUCUGGAAUUGUAUGUUUAAUAUUUUAAUUUGUUAAAUAAUAUAGUAUGCCAAAUUAUAGAUAUUAGAUUUAUUGUUA